AUGGAAUCCGCUGCGAGGGAGCUCAGCGUCCAGGUACACCUCAGAAAAUGCGCAGCUCCUCAGACGUGUUUGUGUUGCACAAUGCCCCAUAUAGCGCUGACUAAAGGUGAACGGAGAGCCGCGUUCAAUGCUUAUUCUUUUAAGAUCUUCAGCCGCACAACACAGGGAGACCUGCUUGACGCAAAUCUGGUCCGGACACCGCUGUGUCUUCUGAAAUGCUCGAAUUAGCCAAAGGAGAUUGGAUCUGCCUAGCAUAUUGAUACGGUUCAGCUACUGCAUGCAUCCCGGCAACGUCUUCUUGCGCAAUCAUCGACACCUCGGGUGAAACGCGAAUAGCCUACCCAUUUUAUUUCAAAGUCACCGAAUUUUCUACGAAAUAGCGUGUUUUUUGUGCAAAUAUAGUUUUGAUGUUGGUAAAAAGACGCGCAUGCGUUGGUCUUGGAAUAAUUGGGCAGCCUGUGACUUAAGUAGGUAGCAUUCCUGAAAUCUUCGCUCUAAGUCAUCUCUCUGAUCAAAGUUAGUGAUGUGCACGGCUUUGGACCGCGGACGCUGGGGGAUUUUUUGUAUUUUCCUCAUGGUCGCCAUGGUCUGCGGCGCUCAAAGGUGAGAUCCAACGGGUGUGAUGUCUUGUUUCUGCCUGUCUUGCCUGUCCCUUUGCAGUUUAAAAAAAACUAAGCUUCUGAAUCAAUACCAUAUAUUUUCCCUUUAGCGCCAACGAGCCUAGCAACAUGUCAUUUGUGAAAGCUACCGUCGACAAACUGCUAAAGGGGUAUGACAUUCGUCUGAGGCCUGAUUUUGGAGGUAAAUACCUUUUUUUGUGGUGAAGUAUACCCAAUGUUGGCUAAUAACUAAUAACACGUCGCAUGCAGAUUCAUUUGUCGCGUCAGCGAGAUGUCUGAUUAAAAAGCCCCUGAUACCUGUUUUACAUGCGAUUUAAAGGUGCCCCUGUGGACGUUGGCAUGAGCAUAGAUAUCGCCAGUAUCGACAUGGUUUCGGAAGUCAACAUGGUAAGUAGCCUACCCAAUGUUUUUUUUUUUGCAAGGGAGAUGUGCCUCGUGCAACACAUGUUAGUGUGAGAACACAGACCACGUGAUUACCGCUUGGGUAAUUUUCUGCGUAUUUGCGUGUUUCAUGCCACUGUCCUCUAGAUGUAGUGAUAAAUCCUUGUAUUUUUGUCUUUGCCCUUGUUUGGCUACUAGUAUAACGUUUUUCCGUUGACCAAAAUGGUUCGUUGCAUUUCAGCACCAAGGAGAGCUACUGCAAUGUGUGAAAUCCAUCGUAUGCAUAAACUUCCCUGUAGUGUCAAAACCACAUGCGUGUACCUACAUAAUUGUGAGGUCUUACAUAUAUACAUUACGAGCUCUGAUACAGGAUGAAUUGAUGAAGAGGAGACUAAAACAUAGUGCUUGUGUGCAUAUUUGCUGGUUUGGCCUCAAUGCAGUAAUUACAUAACGUUGUCAGUGACUCAACAAGGAGGCCCAGAAAAGCCAAAUUGUGAUUCUGAAUGUGGGCACUUAGUGUGUGCAUAUGAGCAUUGUCAUGGUGCCAGUGAUAUAUACAAAUUAAUGUAUGAUUGGUUCAACUUGUCUUAAAAAAUAAUAACAGCAGGCAUGACUAUAAAGUGUGUGUGUGGCGUGUAUGUACUGUAUGUGCAUGUGUGGCAAGGGAGAAAAUAUUUUGUUCUGCUCAGCUUCCAAGCAAACACUGAGUGUUUAUGGAAUGUUGGGUAGUUCAAUGUUUUCACAAUGCUACAGAAAACUACAGUCUUUACAGUCAUAUUGCUCUGGGAGCUUUGGCAUGUCUGCAACAAUGUUCUGGGAAUGUCAUGGGACUGUUUUAAAGUUGCUCUGUGUGUCUUAAAACUGCUGGAAAAUUGGAUAGAGUGAUGUUCUAAGAAAAUGUUUUGGAAAUGUUGGAUGGUGUGUGGCUGAGUGUUUUGUAUAAAUGUAAAAAUGAGCAGGCAUGUUCAUAAAACCAAACCAUGUUUCAGUGUGUAAGGCAGCUAUAGCUAAAGGAUAGCAGAUACGAAACAUCUAUUUACAACUAGAAAUAAUGUUACAACAAUAAGGUGUAUUGCAACUGCUAUAGCAACACAUUUACAAGUCCCCUCCACAUAACACACAUAUACACUAACACAAACAAACACACACACACACGGAGUGGCCAGACGGAAGCCACUCCUCAGUAAAAGGCACAUGACAGCCCACUUGGAGUUUGCCAAAAGGCACCUAAAGAAUAGGCGAAACUCCCCAAAUACACGUGUGCCAAGCUUGUAGCGUCGUACCCAAGAAGACUUGAGGCUGUAAUCGCUGCCAAAGGUGCUUCAACAAAGUACUGAGUAAAGGGUCUGAAUACUUAUCUAAAUGUGAUAUUUCUGCUGUUAAAAAAAUAAAAAAUGUCUAAAACAAAUUUUACACCUGUUUAUGCUUUGUCACAAUGGUGUAUUGUGUGUAGAUUGAUGAGGGAUUUUUUUUAUCCAUUUAAGAAUAAGGCAGUAACAAAACAAAAUGUUGAAAAAGUGAAGGGGUCUGAAUACUUUCCAAAUGCACUGUAUAUUAGAGUGACGCUAUACACACUGGAAAUCAUGUGUUGGUAGCACUUUAUAAUAACUCCACAUAAUAAAGUAUUUAUAAUAGAUUAGUAAAUAGUUUAUUUAUCAUUUGUUAAUCAUUACUCCCAAAUUUGUAAAUGUUAGUAACCUAGUUAUUCACACAUUUAUAAACAACCUUUAAAUAAUUGAAUAAUGAUUCAUAAGAUCAUUCAUAAGACGUUUAAUAUAGGUCCUUGUGAACCAUUUACUAAUCAUAAAUUAAAUAUGUUUAUGUAUGGACUCAUCUAAAGUGUGGGCUAUUCAUACUUUAUAAAUACUUUAUAAAUGUUUUGAGUGACCAGUGUAAUUUCUCACAAAAAGAUGGACAUGCCAUUGGUAGACGUUCCAGAAGUACCUGAUGCUCCUUAAGGUCUCAAAAUGGCCCCUAGAACAUAUCAAUGGUAAAAGAAUAAGCACACAACACAGGACAUUUAUCCCAAAACAGUCACACUGUUGUAAUAGUGUGAUGUGUAACUUCAGACACACUAUACUGAGUAAAAUAAAAUGUUUAGCCCAAAAAUGCUAACAUAAAUGUUUCUUGGCAGUGACUUUUCUACCAAAACCAAAGUGUGGAUUGCAGUCACUCCUUAGAGCAUUCUAAUCUCGGUUAACCCAGAACUAAAAUCUUGCAUAAUUUGGUCAGCUGCAUGAUUAAAUUCUGGGUCCAUACGUGAUAGAAAUUGGGUGUUCCGGUUUGCGAUCCUGGUACGUCGAAAUAAUCAGGUACGCAAACCCAAACACCGGAACUACUGCUGCUCGUUAUCCUACGCAUUCCAUCCAGUCGCAACAGAUUAAUCGGUUUACACGAGAGAUUAAGAGCAGUCCAUAGACUGCUUACAAGGUAAGGAAACAAAUAUCUGAAUACAUUAUUUCGUGGAUCUAGCCCAUUAAGUUUAUAGAGUUACUACCUUUAAAGGUCCAGUCAAGGUGCCGCUAAACAAAGCUAUGUGUGAAAAUACAUGUAACAUUUCUAGACAAGGGAGUCAUAACCAUCAGUCUGCAAAUCAUAACUGUAGGAAACUCUGGUUAGCCAAAAACACUACAAUAACUCAUGUGAAAAGGUUAAACAUUUGUCCAAUGUUCGUCAUUGGUAGGGUCCCGAAUAGUCUCAUCUCUAUAGUUCUUUCAAACACACAAAUGGUAUUCUUUAUGCUAUUUGUCUCAUGACUCCUGCGUGCAUUGUUGACCAUGACCUUGCUUGUUUACCCGCCCGUGGGACAGACUGUUUGUUCCCACACUCUGACUCACUAUUGGUUACACGGUCUCUUGGACUCCCAUCCUAUUCUAACCACCUCUCGCCGGCUUUGUAUUCAUGUUACCUGAUGAAAUUGCUGUACAAUAUGAUCUUGUUGCCAUCUGAUACACAUUAAAAUGUCAUAAAAAAUGUCAAAGGUCCUAAAUUAUGUCACCAUUGCCCUUGAUUCUAAGCAAUGUUGUGCUGCUAUUUUUAUUGACUUGGCCAAAGCUUUUGAUACGGUAGACCAUUCCAUCCUUGUCGGCCGGCUAAGGAGUAUUGGUGUCUCUGAGGGGUCUUUGGCCUGGUUUGCUAACUACCUCUCUCAAAGAGUGCAGUGUAUAAAGUCAAAGCAUCUGCUAUCUCAGUCACUGCCUGUCACCAAGGGAAUACCCCAGGGCUCGAUCCUAGGCCCCACGCUCUUCUCAAUUUACAUCAACAAUAUAGCUCAGGCAGUAGGAAGCUCUCUCAUCCAUUUAUAUGCAGAUGAUACAGUCUUAUACUCAGCUGGCCCCUCCCCGGAUUUUGUGUUAAACGCUCUACAACAAGCUUUCUCUGCCCUUAACCUUGUUCUGAACACCUCCAAAACAAAGGUAAUGUUGUUUGGUAAGAAGAAUGCCCAUCUCCCCACCGGUGUGAUUACUACCUCUGAGGGUUUAGAGCUUGAGGUAGUCACCUCAUACAAGUACUUGGGAGUAUGGCUAGACAGUACACUGUCUUUCUCUCAGCACAUAUCAAAGCUGCAGGCUAAGGUUAAAUCUAGACUUGGUUUCCUUUAUCGUAAUCACUCCUCUUUCACCCCAGCUGCCAAACUAACCCUGAUUCAGAUGACCAUCUACCCAUGCUAGAUUACGGAGACGUAAUUUAUAGAUUGGCAGGUAAGGGUGCUCUCGAGCGGCUAGAUGUUCUUUACCAUUCGGCCAUCAGAUUUGCCACCAAUGCUCCGUAUAAGACACAUCACUGCACUCUAUACUCCUCUGUAAACUGGUCAUCUCUGUAUACCCGUCGCAAGACCCACUGGUUGAUGCUUAUUUACAAAACACUCUUAGGUCUCACUCCCCCCUAUCUGAGAUACCUACUGCAGCCCUCAUCCUCCACAUACAAUACCCGUUCUGCCAGUCACAUUCUGUUAAAGGUCCCCAAAGCACACACAUCCCUGGGUCGGUCCUCUCUCCAUCUCUUCACUCAAAGACUCAAUCAUGGACACUCUUACUGACAAUUGUGGCUGCUUCGCGUGAUGUAUUGUUGUCUCUACCUUCUUGCCCUCUGUGCUGUUGUCUGUGCCCAAUAAUGUUUGUACCAUGUCUUGUGCUGCUACCAUGUUGUGCUGCUGCCAUGUUGUGUUGCUACCAUGUUGUUUUCAUGUUGGGUUGCUACCUUGCUGUGUUGUUGUGUGUUGCUGCCAUGCUAUGUUGUUGUCUUAGGUCUCUCUUUAUGUAGUGUUGUGUUGUCUCUCUUUAUGUAGUGUUGUGUUGUCUCUCUGGUUGUGAUGUGUGUUUGGUCCUAUACUUAUUUAUAUGUUUGUAAUCCCAGCCCCCGUCCCCGCAGGAGGCCUUUUGCCUUUUGGUAGGCCGUCAUUGUAAAUAAGAAUUUGAUCUUAACUGACUUGACUAGUUAAAUAAAGGUUAAAUUAAAAACAUUAAAAAACAUUAAAAAUGUUCUCUCAAACACCCAUAAUGAAGCAGGUUUUUGAUUGGUGAACCUUUUUAGUAGAAUAAUGAUAAUUCCAAAGUAAUAGAUGUAAUAACAUAGUAAUAUAUCUGUCAUGGAUCAUUAUAUCUGGUUUCAACACCAUUGAUGAACAACAGACUAUUUGCACUUUGACAUACGAAAUGAUUAUAACUUAGUAUCUGUUUUUCCGGUCAUUCAACUGGCUAUUGAGUAUCAAUGACAUUGCCUUCAUACAUUCCACAUUUGUAUAUUUUUUCUCAUUUCUAACAUUUUUGGUUGUCUAAAAGCCAUUCAUCCAAAGAAAUGGGUCCCGUUACUGAGCAGCGUACUACUGAGUUAUUUGUGACAUCCGAUAGUAGAGGGCCUGCAGUAGCUUUCCACAGGUGAGUUGCCCUUCUGAAAUUGCCUUUUAUUCUUGGGUUGUAAAAGGCUUCAUUAAAUUAUAAAUUGUAAGUCACAAGCUUGCACCUGAACAAAGCCUUUUACAUGAUUUACAUUCAUAGCAUUCAUACAUAAGUCAUUUCCACAUGAUAUACUGAAUUUGUCAAGUAAAUGUAGACAGUUUGUGGAGUCAAUGAUGUGCUAUGAAUUGUUUAUUAGGUUGGAUUCCUACUGACAAUAUCUCCUCUGGGAAAAUGGAAGGUGCUGCUUUCUCUGAGCCGGUCCCAGAGGAAUUCUGAUUGGAAAGCCUAACAGCCUGGACGGGUCAUUGAUUGUGCCUCUGUGGCCUCUUCCCGGUUUAGCAUUUUAAUGUGUAUGAGACUGGGAGGCUGGAAGGGGUUUUAUGCUCUGUCUGAUAGAGACAUUUGGCACUGGCUCUCCUUGAGAAAGGCCACACUGAAACGUUGGUCAUACUGGUCACGAUAUAAAUAUCCAUCCAUAAAUUGAUUAUAUACUAUAGUAUGCCUAUUGCUAUUUCAAUGCAUGUACUUCACACCCUGCUUCAGCAACAUCACUGUCACCCAGUAGACUUUUGGGGGUAAGCACUGUAGUCUUGGCCAGGUCAUUACAAUCUUUCCUGGUAAAUAAAGGUUGUGAAUAAAUACCUGACUUCCACUCGACUACCACACUGUAGCAUAUUUGAACACACACUUACCCCACCAGAGAUGCCACCAGGGGUCUUUUCACAGUCCCCAAAUCCAGAGCAAAUUCAAGAAAGUGUACAGUAUAAUAUAGAGCCAUUAUUGCAUGGAACUCCCUUCCAUCUCAUAUUUCUCAAAUGAACAGAAAACCUGGUUUCAAAAAACAGAUAAAGCAACACCUCAUGGCACAAGGCCUCUCCCCUAUUUGACCAGGUCCCAGUUUCUUUAUAAUGUACUGUAAUGUUUGGGUGUAACCUUUUCAGCGUUUGAUGCUUGAAGGAUAGAAACAGUUUUUUUUUGUAGUUAUGAAAAUUGACGUCGCUCAGUCAUAGAGGAUGUCCCUCUUAAUGAAACUCUCCUUUUCUCCCACUUUUGUCAAAUUCUCUGCAGACUUCACACCCCAUUAGCUUUUUGUUAAAGCUCCUCAGCUAAAGCCGCUUGACUAUCCCUGACGGACGCCAACGUGCUUCAAUGGUAUAACCUCAAGUUAAAUACAUUUGUGAUAGAUUAGCAAAGGAAACAUUUAGAGGAGCAAGACACAGCUGACUAAGAUGAUGAUUUUAUUCAAAUAGCUCUUUGGAAAGACUCCAUUUUGAACUAGAAAUUAUAUUCCUUAGAAAAUGAGAUCCGCAAAUGCAAGUGAGCCAAUUAACAGCCAAGUAAUGUUACUGAUAAAAGUAUAUAGUAUGUGAGCUAAUCAUGGUUUGGAAGAGCAGUUUAUACAGUGAGGGAAAAAAGUAUUUGAUCCCCUGCUGAUUUUGUAUGUUUGCCCACUGACAAAGAAAUGAUCAGUCUAUAAUUUUAAUGGUAGGUUUAUUUGAACAGUGAGAGACAGAAUAACAAAAAAAAAAUCCAGAAAAAACGCAUGUCAAAAAUGUUAUAAAUUGAUUUGCAUUUUAAUGAGGGAAAUAAGUAUUUGACCCCUCUGCAAAACAUGACUUAGUACUUGGUGGCAAAACCCUUGUUGGCAAUCACAGAGGUCAGACGUUUCUUGUAGUUGGCCACCAGGUUUGCACACAUCUCAGGAGGGAUUUUGUCCCACUCCUCUUUGCAGACAUUAAGGUUUCGAGGCUGACGUUUGGCAACUCGAACCUUCAGCUCCCUCCACAGAUUUUCUAUGGGAUUAAGGUCUGGAGACUGGCUAGGCCACUCCAGGACCUUAAUGUGCUUCUUCUUGAGCCACUCCUUUGUUGCCUUGGCCGUGUGUUUUGGGUCAUUGUCAUGCUGGAAUACCCAUCCACGACCUGUUUUCAAUGCCCUGGCUGAGGGAAGGAGGUUCUCACCCAAGAUUUGACGGUACAUGGCCCCGUCCAUCGUCCCUUUGAUGCGGUGAAGUUGUCCUGUCCCCUUAGCAGAAAAACACCCCCAAAGCAUAAUGUUUCCACCUCCAUGUUUGACGGUGGGGAUGGUGUUCUUGGGGUUAUAGGCAGCAUUCCUCCUCCUCCAAACACGGCGAGUUGAGUUGAUGCCAAAGAGCUCCAUUUUGGUCUCAUCUGACCACAACACUUACAACCAGUUCUCCUCUGAAUCAUUCAGAUGUUCAUUGGCAAACUUCAGACGGGCCUGUAUAUGUGCUUUCUUGAGCAGGGGGACCUUGCGGGCGCUGCAGGAUUUUAGUCCUUCACGGCGUAGUGUGUUACCAAUUGUUUUCUUGGUGACUAUGGUCCCAGCUGCCUUGAGAUCAUUGACAAGAUCCUCCCGUGUAGUUCUGGGCUGAUUCCUCACCGUUCUGAUGAUCAUUGCAACUCCACGAGGUGAGAUCUUGCAUGGAGCCCCAGGCCGAGGGAGAUUGACAGUUCUUUUGUCUUUCUUUCAUUUGCGAAUAAUCGCACCAACUGUUGUCACCUUCUCACCAAGCUGCUUGGUGAUGGUCUUGUAGCCCAUUCCAGCCUUGUGUAGGUCUACAAUCUUGUCCCUGACGUCCUUGGAGAGCUCUUUGGUCUUUGCCAUGGUGGAGAGUUUUGAAUCUAAAUGAUUGAUUGCUUCUGUGGACAGGUGUCUUUUAUACAGGUAACAAACUGAGAUUAGGAGCACUCCCUUUAAGAGUAUGCUCCUAAUCUCAGCUCGUUACCUGUAUAAAAGACACCUGGGAGCCAGAAAUCUUUCUGAUUGAGAGGGUGUCAAAUACUUAUUUCCCUCAUUAAAAUGCAAAUCAAUUUAUAACAUUUUUGACAUGCGUUUUUCUGGAUUGUUUUGAUAUUAUUCUGUCUCUCAAUGUUCAAAUAAACCUACCAUUACAAUUAUAGACUGAUCAUUUCUUUGUCAAUGGGCAAACAUACAAAAUCAGCAGGGGAUCAAAUACUUUUUUCCCUCACUGUACAUGCAAUAAAAUGUGUUGGGACAUCAUUACGAGAGUAAAUGUGUUGAUUUUAUUUAUUAUUAUUAUAAGGUCGAUUGGCUGCUUACUAUCUAACCCUAGAAAGUUGAAUGCUCAGCAUGUGUACUGUAUGUAAGAAAAUGAGCCAGAAUGCAUCACAAGUGCCGAAUACGAACUAAAACAGAAAAUAGAUAUUUACACAUCCAUCUUAAAAGCACCCAGCCUUGCCUACAUAGACUAGCUAAGUGCAAACGACUUGUUAUGUUAGCGUUGAGUUCAGAUACUCUGUUGAUGCCAACAGUGGUACUGUAUUAUUUUAUUAUAAUGCUAGUAUUGUUUGUUUGCUACAGUGAGAUUCUUCUGAGAGUUAAUGCUAGCCUAAGCAUGACAAUUCCAGGCAAAAACAUAUUUUUUAUUGUAUUCUUACCAAAUAUCACAGAGGGGAGUUUCUGAUACCCUUACUUCUUCAACAAAUCAUACAACCUUGCUAUGACAUUGAAAUUCGUCCGAAAGGCAGGCUGGGCUGUAUGCUGAGUUAGCGCCCGAACAGGGUAAUACCAAAAGGAUUAUACAAGGACAUUUCAGGUCAGUGUCUUACUGCUCUCACUCUUACCGACCUUAGUAAUCAGACAUGCUGUGCUGUCAAAGGCAACUGGACGACACUGAUGUGACAUGAGCUGUAGGAGGUUUGCUGUGAGGUCACAAGGGUCAGACUCAUAUUCUUCCUCUCCCUGAGUUGAGUGGUUGGCUGUGGCAAUAUUUCUGCCUGAGCGACCUUGGACAUUCAUUGAAAAAGGGCUGCUGCAUGUGUUCAGGUCUUGGAUAGCCUACAUUGUUGAAUGUCGUCAGGAUGUCACACUGCCUACAUGACAGUGGUGCUUCCCCAUGGGGCAGUGUACUACAGUAGUAGUAAUAGUCGAGGCUGCAGGAUUUCUGUUCAGUCAAGAAUUAGUAUUUCAAGAGAUUUAAAGGAGUAUUUGAUUAAGUUAGCAUGUGUUGGAGACUUGAAAUAACGGCCUGUGAAGGAUGUGAUCAAGGGAGAGGUGAGCGGUCUUGUUUUCAGACGAUUUGAUAGUCUGAUUUCUGCAGUAUUGUAGCAGCAGAGAGAUUUGAGCACUCUUUGCUCUACUUAAAGACUUUAAGACUUAGUAUUGGGCUGAAAUAGCAGGUCAUUCUCUCCUUGUGGCUGGUGUGAGAUACUGUAAUGUAUUAGUCCUGGUCUCUUUAUCUUUCUGUCUCUCUCCCUUCCUCUUCCCUGCUCUCUCUCUACUCUCUCUCCUUGUCUCUCACACCAACUCCCUUUCCUUUUUCUCUUGGGGUUUUCUUCCUUAAACUGUACAUGCUCAGAUUUUUCAUAUUGCGUACUACACCUAGAUUUGAGUGGUUUGUUUGUUGGACAUGUGAAGGCCUCGCUUUUACAAGCUUGAGUGAUGACAAGUAAAAGUGGUGUUUGUUAGCAAUGUGCGAAAGCUGUUUUGUUAUCAUGGCAACCACAGUGGAAUUGCUUUGACUUUGUCUCACAGUCCAUAUCAUUUCAGAUAUUUUGAAAGCGGCAUCUCCGUUUCUCAAGUUUAGAGCGGUAGGAGUGCUGCCGCAUUCGCACGGUUAGGACAGACAUGACUCUCAUAAAGUGAAGGCCAAACUCAACAUACUGUAGAAGAGACCCAGGCCCAUGGAAGCCCACUUGUGCCAAACUCAAUCAACAGCACAGGUAGGCAGGCAAUAAUCGCUUUAUUGGGUUGUUAAUGAAAAUGCAGGUACCCUAGCUCUUGUCAACAUGUGUCCUAUGUUGCAUUGGUUAGCUAACAAUGUGAUUAUACUGUGUGAGAACUCCUCAUAGGCCUAGUUGUUAGUAUGAGGAAGCUUACGAACCCUCACUACUCCUCCUGUUAUGGCACCUUAUGUAUCUCCACAGCAGCUCCUGUAUUGAGCACCUUAUGAAGCCCUCAUAGCGGCUUGUGGUCAGGAGUUAUUGAUCUGUUUGGGAGAUUGAUGUGUCCGCCGCCUCCUUAGGAUGAGGAUUUAUGUGAUGCUCUGCCGAUAGCACUUCAUCUCACCAGUGAGAAAGAUCAAGGUGUCACGGGUGGGUUCUCAGUUGAAACAACUUCAUCUUAACUCAAAAUCCGUUGCCCAUGCUGCGCCAUGAUCAGGGGUCCAAGCACUGAGGACGCAGGAGCCCACCUGGAUUUGAUUGAAAGUUUUAUUUUAUUUUCCCCCUGGAAAAGAGCAACCAAGGCACUGCACAGUGUGGGUGCAGAGGUUUGAGUCCCACUGCCCCCCCCAAAUUUACUUCAAUAGAUCCUAUGGCGAUUUUCCUAUAGUCUCUGGUACACCAUUUACUGUAUAUUACUGCAGUAACCACAGUAUGAGAGAGUCAUGGGGUGUCUGGUUGGGUCCUUGUACUCUAUAGAUUUAAUCUCUCAGAUGAAAACAGCAAGAAAGUAGGGAGUCACCGGCACUAUAGACUGAGAUGAUCACACAGACAUUGUCUGUUUGUCAUAUUAAAGUUGGGGGGCUCAUUGAUAGGUAUUUACAUUUUAGUCAUUUAGCAGAAGCUCUUAUCCAGAGCAACUUACAGUUAGUGAGUGCAUACAUUUUCAUACUGGCCCCCCGUGGGAAUCGAACCCACAACCCUGGAAUUGCAAACGCCAUGCUCUACCAGCUGAGCUACACGGGGCUACAGAGUAAUAGGUGACAUUUCCCCAAUGCAAGACAGACUGCUGCAGCGGAACUGCUCUCUUUUUUUGUGCUUUCUCACCAUUCAUGCCUGGAAAUAAUGCAGAAGACGAGAGAUGAGACGAGACGUUCUUGUGCUAAGAGCUCUGUGAGAUUAAUUUAAAGCAAGUAACUUCAUUUUAUUUAACCCCUUGGUGAGCCUGAAGCAGAGCAGAUGGGUGAAUGCUGCAUUUAAUCUAAUCUGUCACUUCGGUUCUGUCUGUACUGUCCUGUCCUGUCUUGCACUGUACUCUACUGUACUGUACUGUCCUGUCUUGCACUGUACUCUACUGUACUGUACUGUCCUGUCUUGCACUGUACUCUACUGUACUGUACUGUCCUGUCUUGCACUGUACUCUACUGUACUGUACUGUACUGUCCUGUCUUGCACUGUACUGUACUGUCCUGUCUUGCACUGUACUCUACUGUACUGUACUGUACUAUCCUGUCUUGCACUGUACUCUACUCUACUGUACUGUACUGUACUGUCCUGUCUUGCACUGUACUGUACUGUACUGUACUGUCCUGUCUUGCACUGUACUGUACUGUACUGUACUGUCCUGUCUUGCACUGUACUCUACUGUACUGUACUGUACUGUCCUGUCUUGUACUGUACUGAUACAGUACUGUACUGAUACAGUACUGUACUGAUACAGUACCAUACCGUGCUGUCUAUCUGUAGUACAGUACACUGGGCCUUUUUAUAAAGCAGUACGAGUGCAUCCUUUUUACCAUCUUGUUCUGCAGAAGUGGCCUAUGAAUUCACAGAAUAUUAGUGUGAAGGAACUUUGGGGGCGUCUUGCUGCUUAUUUGUAAGCCUUUUUAGUCAACCAAUGCAUGUUAGAAAGCACUUGUGUUUGGUAGCAAGUGAGAAAAUGAGAGAUCUAGCAUUUCAUCACACAUAGAGGACACACUGAGCCUGUUAACAGCUAGACUUGACCACCGUUCUAGUGUAAUUCCAUACCCAAGUAAGACCCAUUAGACUGGAGGUUAAUGGUUCCCCAUCUGAUUAGAUGUCAAGAGGCAUUUCCUAUAAGGAACAUCACAGGCACUGCCCAGUCAGUGGGAGCGUGGGAUAAAAUAUGAGGCUGCCGACAGUGCGGCACGACAGAGGGCACUCAGGGUUAAUGUUUAAUGGAAUCAUUCUCCCCUGGCCCAAGCCUCUCAGGAUAUCUGGAAGAUAGAAAGUCACGAGAGGAAGAAAGUCUGAGAAAGGCUUUUUCUUUUUCUGCUCUCUUCACCACCAAGAGAAUCUCGAUGAUAGUUUUAUUGAAUUGUCACUGUUUUACCUGUGUAUGACUUCAUGCGGAGGUGUUGGCAUGGAAACAAGGGGAGAGAUGAGACUAGAGGAGGUUAUUGGAUUAGGGGACAGGAAGAGGUGGGUGGGGGGGGGGUGUUCAAAAGCUGUGUACAUCCUUGAGUUCGGGUUAAAUUCAUUUGAGUUCCAGUAGACUCCAUGUCCAAUUUAUUUAGUAAAUUGAUUGAAAUGUCAAUGAAUUUGACACCAUCUCUGGUAUGCAUACAUAUAAAUUCCCUGCAAUGCCUGUCUGUUUGUACAUUCUAUUACGGACACAGUCUUAUCCAAGGACUUAUAACACAGGCUUCAGUCCACUCAAACUGCAAUGUAGUCAGUCGCCUGCAGUAACACAUGGUGACAAAAUCUGAUAAGUUCUUAGUUAUAUUGUGCACCCAAGUUGCACUCAUGUCUCGAUAGGACAUAGACAUUACUAAAAUCUUGAUCAAUAACUAAUUGGCAGUAAAUGUAUGAAAAUAAGACCUAGAUUCAAUCAGAUCAAGUAUUUACCUGGCGAUAGCCGACACCCGCAUAGCUGAUGUUUUGGCGAUGUAGGCUGUAUAGAAAUAAUGAUGCUCAAAUUCAAAAUCAUUAAACAAAAAAAUGAGGAUUUCUAUCAUCCUAAUGGAGGUGUAGAUUACAUCUCACAUUCCAGUGUUCGAACUUGUAAACAAGGCUGCAUGGAAUUUAUCUUAAUGCGACUCCAUGCAGCCAAUGGCAAUGUGCACUUUAGGUAAACGCCAGGAGCUUGUGGAUUUGAAAGCUCAAAUGCAGUUCCACCUCUGACACCGCCAAAACGACUGCUAUGCCGAUGUCGGCUAAAGCGGAUCUGAUUGAAUAGAGCCCUUCGUCUUGGACCUUGAAACAUAAUAACACAGAACAUUAUACAGGUUUUUAACUGCAAGCAGAGCUAACAUUUUUCUGUUACACUAAGCAGGUUGGAGAUUCCUCUGACUUGUGAGAACCAUUUGGUGUGAUCUUCAAAUUUGAUUGAAAGAUGAGUCUUGGGUUGUGUCCUUGACUUUUCUUCAUUGGCACGUCCGACAGCAGAAGGAGCUGCAGAGACCUUUGUCAAAAACUUUCCUCAGUGGGACUGAAUUGCAUAUCAUGUCUGUUUUUGUCAGGGAUCCAACCCCGUUUGGAUAGAGUGUCAGCCAAGAUGGAGGAAUUCCUACAUCGGAAUCCUCUUAUGUCAUCUAAAUAUAUCACAUGCAAGAGCUCAACAAUGGGACAGUUAGACAGCAAAUCGUUACCAAAUUAUAGCAGGAAUAGUCCUAUGCAACAUUUCCACACAAGACACAGGGAACGAUCAGAAGAGUAUACUAUUGAUAGAGAAGAAUAGAUGAAUAGAUGCAGAUGUGUGUAGUCUUUUGAGGGAGCUACACACCAUAGUGGAAUUUGGUGUUUGUGUGUGUUUGCUUACUUGCGUGUGUGUGUGCGUCCAAGCAAUGCACGGAUGAGAACACUGCAAUGAUGCCCAGCAAAAGCUGAAGCAAGUCUGCUCUCAUGCAAUGAACACCAUUCAUCCAAUGAAUAUCUGCAGAUCCAACUUUCUUUCAUCAUGAUUGCCAAAAGCUGCAGAAGUUUUGACAGUAACUAGGCUGGGAGGGAGGACUGCGCCACCAUCUCUACCCCUCUCCUCCCACCCUCUCUCCCUCUCCCUCUAUCCUGUGAUGUAUUACAGUCUGCACCCGUAGAUGGGCAUGGAUUGGGAGGAAUUAGGUCACGAAGAAGCACACUGCAGAGGGGAUAGCGCGGUGCCGACGUGCGUAGGAGAGAGCCCAUGGUGUCGUCCGUGGUGCGGUGAAAUAUGGAGAGGAGUAGAGGCGCACUCACUUAAGGACUGCCAAUCAUACAUCAACAAAGGAAAUGGGAGUGAGAGGAAACAUGCCAAGGGCAUCGCCUGCCCCUGUUUCUCUUCCUGUGUGAGUGUGUGUGAGAGGAAGUCUGUGUGCAGUGCAGCAGCGGACGCUCUGCUUUAGCGCACUCAUAUGCAUAACGGUAUUCCACUCACGUUUAAGACUUUCUGCUGUGGAAACGCUGAGGUGACAGAGUGAUGAUGGGAAAGCGGGCGUCUAGGGGAACAGCUGUUUCUAAUAAUAGACUCCAAGGAACGUGUUCAUCCCCAAUGAGCGACAGAGCUGCAACGCCCCCCUUCCUCUCCUCCUCUCUCCUCCGUUUCUCUGUUCCCAGCCUUAUGAGGCAGCAGUUUCACUUAAAGCUAUGUCAUCCCAGGUUUAUGUUGCUCACUAACAGUUCCUGUGGAUUUCUAAUUCCCCUAUCUGUUAUUUAUUGGUUUGCACGUAGGCUACAGUAAGAGGCUUGUAGCUGUACUUUAUGUAAGAUUACCUGUAUUAUGAUGGUGAUAGAGCCCACAGCGAGCCUUAUAAAUCUAUCAUGUUUUUUAUUCAGGUUGCAGGUUCUAUACGGUCAUUCAUUUGCAAAUCAACUGUAUGUUAUGUUAAUGUUUUAUUUCUUGCUCAUAUCUUAAAGCCCAGUGCAGUUUUGUAUCCUAUUGUACAACAGCUGAUGAAACUAACACUAUAAAUGUGUGAAAAAUGUGAUCAGUGUUAUUUCCUGAUAGUUGCUGGAUGAAAAUACAAUCUACACAGGACCUUCUCAUCAGCAGUUUUUGCAUGGGUGGAGUUUCGGCUUCCCUGGUGACAUCACCAGGCGUUAAGUUAGUAAAUAGACCAAUAGCAAAGAGAGUUCCAAACUUAUUUUCAAUAACAGCUAGUUUUCAGUUUUCCCCUCCUCACUCAACCACUCCCAGACGGUCUUGAUAAGUAGUUUUUUGCUUAAAAGCUAUUUCUGUUACUUUUUGACAAUUUUAAUGGAAAACUGUUACAGUAAAGUACUUAAUUGAUACCCAUAAAUGAUUUGAUACUGAUAUAAAAACGGCUGCAUUGGGCCUUUAAUCGUGCACAUUUGAGUAAGAUAGCCUGUAUUUAAUUUAUUAUAUGGUUAUAUGGACUGAGAGGACCACCUCAAUUGAAGGAUGGUUCCAUCUCCUGGGUAAUAGUGAAAGUAAUUACUGUAACAUCUGCAUUCUAGAAGCAGUUCUCUGACACCUGGUGGAGGGUUGACAGGUACAGAUCUCUUGGCCCUGAUCAUACACGUCAAUCUCAUAUUGCAUUCAUCAUAUUGUCUCUUUCAACUGUCUGAAGAAACUAUUUUUAAUGACCAGUGCAGUCUAAGGCCAAGCAGUAGGCAUGCUUUAAAGCAGACACAUUAUUUAGUGUGUUCGCAUUGUAAAACAUUUAGUUUGUCCAUGAAUAACCAACAAAUUGUUCCUUCAUCUGUGAAUAAGAAAAUAAAAUGUGAAUAUGUAACUCCAAUAAGCUUUUUUCCCAGAAAGUUUAUUUCCCUGAAGCAUGUUCUGAAAUGCCUAUAUAAGCAUCUUUGCAAACUGCAACGAAUGCUGGAAAGCUUGAACGCUGUGAGUGGAAUCUUAACUGCAGCUUUGCAACCCAGAUUAGAUUGAUAGAAACCCGAGUGAUGCAACUCUCCCCUGCCAGCCCUCAGAGAAUGUUACCAGCAGUUAAGUGAAGCAUUUUGAAGUGCUUUUCAUCAAAAUGCCUGCAAGACUUUUUGGAUGGCUGAUAUAAAUGAACUCCAUUCAUUGUUUAUCCUUUGUUUUUGGUUGGCCUUGUUCCUGCUGUCCCGUCAACCGCAAGUCUUCAGAUUGGGAAAAGAUGCCGCAGUGCUGUCACUAAGAUCAAACCGCAGCAGCAGCUCAAAAAGAGCCAAAUUUAAAGACGGGCCCAGAACAGAGCCCUGGGGAACACCUCACUUGACCUUCGAUAAAAGAUCUAAAGAGAGAGCUAAAUGAACAUAGAUAAAGUAUUCAAGCCUGCCAGAUUAAAGUGUUACUAUUAUUUUCUUCAAAGGCAAUGGCAUUUAAUGUAUACUGUAUAUAACAAAGAACUUUGAAAUGAGACAUGGGGAUUAAAAUGUACCGUCAUGUUAGUUUUCUCUUCUCUUUCCCACAGUAUCUUUUACUUUUUGUUCCUCUCUAUAUGUUACUCCCUCUGGAAUUUCACACUGGUGCAAAUGCUGGGUAAAUCUGGCACACCAUUUUUAAUAUCAACGCAGUACCAAAUUACAACAAACACAGUUAAGGUCUUUCUCAUUAAGCUGUUUUGCUGUUGCUGGCACGUCAUUUUCUCAACGACCUUGAGUGAUCUUGAGGACCUUGUGCACCUUGGCAACCGUCUCUGUCGCCUAAUGAUCAGUUCUGUUAUUGUUAUUCCACACCCUCCUCUCCCUCUCUCACACUGUGAUACACACCACUCGAUAUGCAAGGAAGGUUACCCUUUGAUAUCGGACAGUGUGUUUAUGGCAGAGCCAAAAUGUUAGCCCUUCACGUUGCACCUCAGGUUUAUUGACACAUCAUCCUUCUUCUCUCUCAUCGGUAACUUUCCACUGACUUAUCCAAACUAGCUCGAAACCUGACUGAACGUUCAAACUUAGCCAUUGAUAGUCACAACAAUAGCUCAUGACGGCAUUAAGCUCAUGAUGCCCGUGCAUGUAGCUGUUAUAAAGCCUUCAUGCAUCCCUCAAGUAUAAAUGUAAACCGAGAGAACAACAGAACAGAGUAAACAGGUGAAAGAGGCAAAGGUUCAAAGUGAAGUCGGAUUGACGUUUGGGGUGCUGACACAAGGGUAGAGAGAAAGGGGAGAGUUUGAGGGCAGGACUGGAUGGAUGGCGUGACAGGAGUGACCGUGGAGCAGGUGAUGGAGGUAAAGGACUGUAGCUGCUCAGCCUCUCCAAGGAGCAGAGGAGCCAAGUGCAGCGAGCGAGAGUCGACUGUUUGCUGCGCUUAAUAAGAACUGACGUUACACAACAUAAUCCACCUCAGCAGUAUGUGGCCUUAUUGCAGAGUCUGUGGUUGCCAUUUUUAAAAAGAAGGUGCACACUGUGUGAGAGACUGCAGUGCAUCCCCGACUGACAGCAGAGACUCAGUCUGGAGCAUUGGUAACACACUCACACAUACACAUUUAGUCAUACUCUUAAGCCAAACACUCAUGCAGGUAGUCACACACAUACACACACAGACAACCCAAUCAGACAACACACAGACAAAGGACAUACAGUGCAUUCAGAAAGUAUUCAGACCCCUUGACUUUUUACAAAUUUUGUUACGUUACAGCCUUAUUUUAAAAUUGAGGUUUUCUUUUAAAUCUACACACAAUAUCCCAUAAUAACAAAGCGAAAACAGGUUUGUAGAAAUUUUUGCAAAUGUAUUAAAAUUAAAAAACAGAAAUACCUUAUUUACAUAAGUAUUCAGACCCUUUGCUAUGAGACUCGAAAUUGAGCUCAGGUGCAUCCUGUUUCCAUUGAUCAUCCUUGAGAUGUUUCUACAACUUGAUUGGAGUCCACCUGUGGUAAAUUCAAUUGAUUGGACAUGAUUUGGAAAGGCACACACCUGUCUAUAUAAGGUCCAACAGUUGACAGUGCAUGUCAGAGCAAAAACCAAGGCAAGAGGUCAAAGGAAUUGUCCGUAGAGCAGGAUUGUGUCGAGGCACAGAUCUGGGGAAGGGUACCAAAAAAUGUCUGCAACAUUGAAGGACCCCAAGAAUACAGUGGCCUCCAUCAUUCUUAAAUGGAAGACGUUUGGAACCACCAAGACUCUUCCUAGAGCUGGCUGCCCGGCCAAACUUAGCAAUCGGGGGAGAAGGGCCUUGGUCAGGGAGGUUACCAAGAACCCGAUGGUCACUCUGACAGAGCUCCAGAGUUCCUCUGUGGAGAUGGGAGAACCUUCCAGAAGGACAACCAUCUCUGCAGCACUCCACCAAUCAUGCCUUUAUGGUAGAGUGGCCAGACGGAAACAACUCUUAAGUAAAAGGCACAUGACAGUCUGCUUGGAGUGCCAAAAGGCACCUAAAGGACUCUCAGACCAUGAGAAACAAGAUUGUCUGGUCUGAUGAAACCAAGAUUGAACUCUUUGGCCUAAAUGCCAAGCGUCACGUCUGGAAGAAACCUGGCACCAUCCCUACGGUGAAGCAUGGUGGUGGCAGCAUCAUGUUGUGGGGAUGUUUUUCAGCAGCAGGGACUGGGAGACUAGUCAGGAUUGAGGGAAAGAUGAACGGAGCAAAGUACAGAGAGAUCCUUGAUGAAAACCUGCUCCAGAGCGCUCAGGACCUCAGACUGGGGCGAACAGCACAAAAACCCUAAGCACACAGCCAAGACAAAGCAGGAGUGGCUUCGGGACAAGUCUCUGAAUGUCCUUGAGUGGCCCAUCCAGAGCCCGAACUUGAACCCGAUCGAACAUCUCAGGAGAGACCUGAAAAUAGCUGUGAAGUGACGUUCCUCAUCCAACCUGAUAGAGCUUGAGAGAAUCUAAAGAGAAGAAUGGGAGAAACUCCCCAAAUACUGGUGUGCCAAGCUUGUAGAGUCAUACCCAAGAAGACUCUAUUUAAUCGCUGCCAAAGGUGCUUCAACAAAGUACUGAGUAAAGGGUCUGAAUACUUAUGUAAAUGAAUAUUUUCGUUUUUUAUUUUUAAUACAUUUGCCAAAAUUUCAAAAAACCUGUUUUUACUUUGUCAUUAUGGGGUAUUGUGUGUGGAUUGAUGAGGGAAAAAAACGAUUUAAUCAUUUUUAGAAUAAGGCUGUAACGUAACAAAAUGUGGAAAAAGUCAAGGGGUCUGAAUACUUUCUGUAUGCACUGUACACACCCACAGAGUGCCACAGCCAAUAGGCACAUUGUGAACACUCCAACAACAGAGAGCCAAUCCCUCCCACAAACACUAUACACCAAGUACUUUCCUAUUGUGUGCCUAAUCAUCCCACCCCUUCCUCUUCUUCCACCCCCCUAGGAUUACACCAUCACCAUGUACUUCCAGCAGUCCUGGAGGGACAAGCGCUUGUCCUACACAGGGAUUCCCCUCAACCUGACACUGGACAACAGGGUGGCCGACUCGCUCUGGGUCCCUGACACCUACUUCAUCAACGAUAAGAAGUCCUUUGUGCACGGGGUCACAGUGAAGAACAGAAUGAUCCGACUCCAUCCUGACGGAACUGUGCUCUACGGCCUCAGGUGAGUGUAUCAGCAUUAUGUGUUCUUGGGCUCCUGUGUCAGCGUUUUUGUUUCAGGUGUGUGUGUCUUUGUCUUAGUGUCUGUAUGUGACGGGUGGCUGGUUGAAAAACAUGCAACCGUAGCUCUUACACAUCAUCUCUUAGUGUGUGGGUGCUGCAACUCUACUGCAAAAACAUAGGCAAGGAAACCCUCCAUUCCUCAAAGCCCUCUCAAACAGCCAUUGCGCUUUCUCCUCUGCCUCUGAGAGGAAGACCCAGGUGGUGAAUUAUUUAUGGAGCCGUGCUCCCCUGCAGUCCGGAGCACAGCAGCAGCGUAGCCUCGUACACUACAUGCUCCCCUACAUGCUUCCCUCCUCGCCUCUGCAGUGCUGA